AUGACUCAAUCAACUCAGCAACUUCGAAUUAUUGCACAACCCAAGGCACUCUAUCGUGAGCGAUAUGGCAGCGAACAAUGUGAAACUGGAAAUCGAUUUCAACGUUAUAUUCGUGCUGAAGAUAACCAGCUGAAGCUCGAAUAUCCAACUAUAGAGAUACUAGAAGAGUGGCGUAAUGGUACUCUACCUCAAUAUAUUCGCGUGGCUUCUGUCACUGUGCCGAAUGAUAUGGAAUCCACCGUGUGUGUGCAUCCAUAUCCACUUGAUACUGAUGAUUCUAGCGUUCAUAAAGAGCCUGAUAACAAUGCUCUAUACUUUCCAAUCACAAACGACGAUUUUAUAAACGGCCGAAAAAGGUACCAAAAAACGACGCAAGUGAUUUGUUGUUUUGCUAUUUUCAUGUAUUCUUCAGUUUCCUCCUUACGCGCAAAAAGUUGCUACAAAGUGCACUCAAAUUACACGGCCCUUUGCGAAUUGUCGACUCUGGUAAGAAAAUAAGAGUUUUAACAAAACGAUUUUUUCUUCUCAUUUGAAAGAUCAAAGACAUAUUCUUGGUAUCACGAAAAAAUCCCGCAGCAAACAGCUAAUUGAAACGUAUAAACUGUGGAAAUCACAACUUGUUUUUUCUCGAGCCGGAUGCGAUAGCCAUGGUGUAUUUAAUACGUUCACUAACUCUUCGGUAUCAUCACAGGUGGUAUCUGACAAAAUCAAUCAGCAACAUGGUAAGUGUAUAAAAAUAGGUGUGUUUAUCUCAUUGGUAUUUUCUAUUUUUCUUUCCUAAAGAAGAUACUGUUGCUCCGGUCGUCGCGCCAAUAGAUAAUGGCGAAGAAUGCGGUAUAUGUGUACCAGAAAAGGGUAACUGGGCAGGUGGUGAUAACGUUAUGAUGAUGCUUAAUAAACUGGAUCGAGACAACCGUAAUUUCUAU